CUCAGUUGGAGUCUGGAAGAGCGCAUGCGCAGUAAGAGAUGAAGCUUCUCCGCUUUUUUUCGGCAGCUGGCGUGAGGUUCUGGAAUUCCAACAUGGCAGUAGAUGUGGUCAGUGAUUCUGUGGUGGUCAGUCUCUCCAGCCCUGACUUGGAAGCAUUCCAGAACAUCACCGACUCGGAGUAACCCCCAUCCCCUCUCAGCAGCACGGCUGGACGCUGUCGCCGUUCUCAGGCGCUGAACAGUUUGGGGUUCCUGUCCGCUCAAAACACUGUUUGCAUGCGGUGUCAUUCAACUUACUGAAAAACACUUUCUCUACAAGUGAACCUUUCACUCCUUUCUGUCUUUCUCCCUCACCUUGCUGAUGUCAAGCAAUAUGAUCAGCGGUGUAUAUGGCGUGACCAUGCAGUGGAGCCCCGAGCAGUCGCAGUGGGCAGAGCAACACUAUGACAUCACCUCCACCACUCGUUCACCAGGGCAUAAGAUCGAAGCACUUAGGGAUCCAAGGCUAACAGGUUCGACCUCAGCUGCAGCGUACCAACAUUCAUGGGCAAACGAUGACAUUUCAGCUCUGACCGCUUCUAACUUGCUCAAGCGAUAUGCAGAGAGAUAUUCUGCCAUUCUGGAUCUACCCUGUGAGAGUGGACUUAUGGGAUAUCCAGACACAGCCAUCUCUGUUAGCAUUAGGGGGCCCAGUGUUGUGAAUAAUGGUCCCCCCCUUCUUAAUGGACGGAAGGUGGAGGCAGAGCCCUGGCUGGAGAGCAUCUACCCUCCGUUGGGUUGUGUGCCCGAACUUCUUCCCAAAGCACCGCUCAGUGUGUCGGAUGUGUCCGUCAGUGCGUGUAACUCACCAGUUAUAGGCAGCGGGAGUCUUCCGGAACCUUGUUUCUCCAGCAGCAGCUGUAACAGUCAGUCCGGGAAUCAGGAAUACAGCAGCACUCCCUACAGCGCUCCCUUCCUGCAGCCUGUAGGAACUUACGGUGGCUCUCUUUUCCACCCUACCCCUUCCCAUGCCAGUUUGGUGUCAACCUACAGUGCUAACACCUCACAAAACCUAUCUGCAUACAGUUACCCAAAUCCCCGUUACUCCUCACAAGGCGUUCUUCCUGCUGGCUACAGUCCUCCCCCUCCUCCCUCAGCAUACCUGCCCUCAGGUAUAACUCCUCCUAACCCUCUUCCAGCUGUGGGAUACUCAUAUCCAACCACCAGAAUGGGAGGUAGUGUCUCUGAAAGUGAUGCCCCAAGUGCUAACAACCUUUCAAAGUCAUAUUAUCCAUCAACUCAGAGCGAGAUUGGAGUGUUUGAGGAGUUUGAUUUUGGCGGCAACUCUAAUUCAGACUCCAGGUCCGAAGGCAGCCCUCUCUACAGAGCAUCAGGAGAUGAAACGGUGGACAAGCAAAAUGGGUUCAGCCAAUCAACGGAUGUAACAUCUUCAUCUUUCAAGCCAGCUAAUCACGGCGACUCUUUAAGAAGCCUGGAGACUCUCACAGUAGCCAUGAGCGGACGGAACAACGGUACAUCCGGACAGCACUUCCCAUCUACCUCGAAUUCUGUUGUCACUUCUCACCAACAUCUCUGCCUUGAUGCAAACACACCCUGAGAGAUGUGCUCACGCUCAACCAGCAAUGCUUGAGUUGAUGAAGUGUGAGUGCUUCCCCAUAGUGGAUCGGAGGUAGUAAGGAGGGACUUGCUUAAAGCCAUUGUGUGCAGGGGCAUGAAAAUACAGCUGCAUCAUGGGGAAUUCUGUCCUGGAAGUCUCUUGGUAUGCAGUUCGAGCUACAGGACAGGAGAAGUUUAGUUUCUCCUUUCUGGAAAGAGGACAAUGAUGUUUAUGCCCCUCCUAGCCAAGCCUAACCGGUCAUUGCGAGACAAUGACCUCCUCACUCUGCUGGAACAGACAGACCAGUAUAUCCUCCAUGAUGGACACGUAUAUCUGAGAGGGAUGGAAAUAGUUCACUCCUCUUUUCCGAGAGAUAGGAGAGUACAUCAAGGGAAUUUAUAUGUCUAAUGGAUGUGUUGUGGCUGCCAUGGAGACAAGGAGUCACGGUAACAGAUGUGGUGGUUGGACACUAGCUAUGGUUGACCAUAUUGCCAUGGUGUACAUUCUGUGUGUGCGUGUGUUUUUGGCCUUGUAAUGGUUAUUUAUGUGGUGAGCUUUAAUUGUAAAUCCUGUUGCCCCUUUUCCACAGGAGAAUUGACAAAUCCUGGUUGUUUAAAGAAUCCAUGUGUGUGAGUGUGGGAGAUAAAUAAAACCUCAGGAAAGUGUCUGUCAGAUAAAUGGCGUAUGCCUGUAUGUGUAACGGAAGAAGAAGAGGGCGUUUUCACAUACCGUCCUUAGGAAAACCCCCCAAUUCAAUCGACUUGAACCAGGUGGUCUGUUGAUCAGUUUGUGUGCUCUUUUACAGCAUUUUAAGAGAGUAUACAGAUCUGUUGCUAGACGUCUCUGUAGAACGGGAUUAUUCUACGAAACAUUAUGCAAAAAGUUUUUGCAGUUCUGUAGGUUGUUAAAGCUGCUGUGUGUAAUUUUUUCGAUGAGAAAUUAUGUUCUCCUUUUCUAGGCUAAUAUGCGGAGAAAAAUGUUGACUUCCCAAAAAAGUAAACACUGUGGCUCUGUGGUGCUUUGUUUGAGUGGCACAACCUACCAACACUGGCUUAACCAUUGGUGUGAAGUUGGGGCGGGACUUCCUUUUUGUCCGACCAAUGGAAGAUGGAGGGAAAUGUUUGAUUUUAAACAGUCUUUAUUUUUCUAAUUCCAUUUGAUGACUUUAGGGGCUAACAAAAUUACAAACUGCAGCUUUAAAUUUUUGCUUUAAAAUGUUUAGUAAAUAUCAGUAAUUAUCAGUCAUUGAGUUAUAUUGUGCUGUUCUGUCUAUUCCACCAAUUUCUGCUGUUGUCACAAAAAAAUGUUGCAGGCUAUCUUGAAAAAGAAGCAUAUUGAGUGAAACAUUACUGCAGACAUAAAAAACAAAAUGGAAUUCAGACAAUUCAGGCUACUUCCUGAGAUGGUCUCGGCCUGCUUGGCUACCAAAAAUAAAACAUUGCCUUAAGGGCCAAGUGUGAAAAUGCUCAGCGAGAAGGAGACCACAUAAUUUUGCGUGUUUGUCUUCACUUAAGGUUUUGUGCGUUUUUAAUAAUAGUGUUGAGUUUACUUUAUCCCAAGCACUGGAAAUAGGUUUGGCUGACCUCACUACAGAUCUUUCUGUUUACUUCCUUUCCCUUCUUUAUGAACCCCACCAAAGGGAAUUGAGAUAUUAUACUUAUUUAUGAAAGUCAAUCACCAAAGCAGCAAUGUGGGAGCCAAAUCACAAGGAGAUGUUCAGCCAAAAUGACUCCCUCUGUGUGAAUACAUUUUAUUUCUGUGCAGUUUCAAUUCAGGAGGGUGAAUUGGCUUCAUUCCAAGAAACAAAUAGAAGGAAUUCCUUGAAAAGGCUGCUUUAAGAUCUACCAGGUCAAAAUUGAAUUGUGAAUUGAACCAAAUUAAAUUUCCUUAGCUAAACUGAAUGAAACAGACCUCAGUCAUGAUGAUGAAUCUCGCUCUGCAAUGGGGCACGUCACUGUUUUGUUUCUGUGGUAUUAUUAUGUGUCUGUUCAUUACUUUCCUGUUGAUCGCAAACUUUAAAACUAAAAUUAUGUAAGUUAUUGUAUAAGAUUUCAGUGAUGAGGACAUACACCAGUAUACUUCUCCAUACACAUAGAUGAAAGCACAGGCAUUUUUUCCAACUUUUUUUCAACUGUUUACCAAAAGUGCCAUUUAUAUUUCUUUAUUUUUAAAGAGAAAUGUUUUCUUCCACAUCAUGUUUUAUAUAUUGCUGUCAUUUGAAGAGAUUAGCACUGUUUUAUCCUGGUUACAGCUUUUCCAUUUGUGUUUUGAUCAUUUUGAAAAUUAGGCAAUGUUGAAUUAUCAAUAUUACAUCAUUUCCUGAUCUAACCAUCUGUCAUCUUAUUAAAAGGUUUGUUUGGUAUUAAAAGUAAGGCACUAAGUAACUUGUUUGGCUUUUUUCCUUGCAUACUUCUAAAUUGAAAAAUUCAAUAGUCUGUAGCAUUCUAUGCACAACUCUUCCUAAACCUAGUGAGUAAAUGGACUAUUGCACCCAAUAUUUUUUGUGUUUUGUAUUUUUGUGCUCAUUAGAGUAACAGGUUGUUAGCUACAUGCUAACAUGAUUUGGAAUCAACUGUUGAGUUAGUUGGGUCUCUCAUGCUCUUUGCAUGAGUAGACUAAUAUUUGUGUGGCAUGUAAGUGACCCUUUUCAUUGAAAAAUAUUUCAAAGCAGUCAUUUAUGAGGUUCCAUAAUAAUUAGGAUGUUGCCUAUGUAGUCUGCUCACUAGGUUUUGGAACAGAGCUCUUGACAAACCUUUCACUACUCUCCAACAAAAGAUUCAUCCUUCUAAGAUGUACCUAAACCCCUCUUAUACUUUGGGAGGAUUUUUUGUUGUUGUUGGAACUAGGAAAAGAGUGUGACUGCAGAAUGUACUGUACCAAGUGAUGUAACUAAACUGAAGUAAUGGGUCAUCAAAUACUCCUUGCAGACAGCAACUGUACAUCAUAAGCAUAUCAUAAAGUUCAUUGCCACUUUUACAACCAUAAACAAAAACCCCAGGCCAGAAACCUCUGAAAUCCUGUAGUGUUUGCAGUAAUGGUGCACUUGCAGUUGUUUUGUUAUACACCAAGACUUUGGACAGCUGUGUUUGGUAUUUUUGAGUGCUGGAAUUGGUGUUAAAGGUGCAUUAAAACCGCACAUGAUGUUUCACUGUGUAAACACCACAUUUAGUGGUUGGUCACUCUUUUCUGCAUUUCAAAAUAUGACAUUUUACAGCGUGUGUUCUCAAUAUAUAAAAUACAGUUACGUUAGAACAAAGUUGUGAGUUUACUGCAGUCAAACAGAGAGAGUGUGUUGCCAUAUUCUCAAUCGACUCUAUUGUGAUUGUUUUCAUGACUUUUGGAGUAUUGUAAACAAUUUCCUAAUUAAAUAUGUUUAUCUUAA